UUCCGCAGUUCUGCGUGGGACGCUGCUCGCUCCGCACACGUUUACGUCGCACGGAACGGAAAAUCGCGUCCGAUUUUUUGUUUUCUUUUUUUUCCUGAAAACUCCGCGUUCGUGUCCUGCGGCAGAGUUGUGUUUCACCUCAAACGACGAAAUUGUGGCCCCCCCCCCCCCCCCAGUUUCGUCCUCCCGAUAAAUAAUUUUCCGGAGGCAGCGCGAGCCGUUGGGCGACGAGAGGUCGCGGUCCAGACGAGGAACGAGCGGGCGUUCGACGAUCGAAAAUCGUGAUAUUUGACGGCAGUGAAAGUCGCUGGAAACAACCAGAGGCUGCGAUCGUCCCAACAACUUGUGUUGCUAUUCCUCCAUCAUGGCAGAAGCUCACUCAGCUGUUGCCUUCAGCUUUUCCAUAACCCACGAAGGGUGGGACGUAAACUUCGAUCGCGAAGUCUUGCAUCUCGUUUGGCAGUCUGGAAUCCGUUCUUGGAAAAAACGGUUCUUCAGAUUUCAGAACAAUAUAAAGAACGGCGUGUAUCCAGCUUCUCUACAAAGUCUCUGGCUCACGGCCGCUAUAGUAGCAGCAAUUCACUUUGUAGGUUACAAAGUUCCGUACGACCUCGUAGGCAAAGUAGCCCCGUACCUUCCAGGGUCUUCCAUAACAGCUCAUCUAGCCGGAUCGUUUCUAGUCGCUGUUUUAUUAUGGCUGUUUGUAAUAUACACUAUUCGGUACACGCUGAAGCUCUUGCUGAUCUACAAAGGAUGGAUGUACGAAUCUCGCGGUAAGGGAAGUUCUAUUUCGUUGAAGACGAAACUUUGGGUCGCGGGAGUCAAGCUUCUAUCCGGAUGGAGUUUGCCCAUGUUGUACAGUUUCCAGGGGUCCCUACCCAGACUUCCACUACCCUCCGUCGAGGACACGAUACAGAGAUAUCUGCGAAGCGUUCGUCCACUUUUGAACGACGAGGACUACGCCAGGAUGGAACGACACUCGAAUGAAUUCAAAUCUGGGAUCGCGGUGAAGCUGCAACGCUACCUAAUCCUGAAGUCGUGGUGGUCGACUAACUACGUUUCCGAUUGGUGGGAGGAGUAUGUUUACCUGCGUGGAAGAUCGCCUCUCAUGGUGAACUCUAACUUCUAUGGAAUCGACGCUAUCCUGAUGCACCCAACAAAGGUGCAGGCUGCCCGUGCCGCCACUACCAUCCAUUCGUGUUUGCAGUACCGCAGGCUCAUCGAACGACAAGAACUUGAACCGAUUCUGGUGCAAGGUAUAGUGCCACUGUGUUCGUGGCAAUACGAAAGAUUGUUCAACACCACAAGAAUUCCGGGUAUCGAAACGGACAAAAUAGUACACGUACAGGAUUCGAAGCACAUCGUGGUCUACCACAAAGGAAGAUACUUCAAAGUCCUGAUCUACCACAGACACCGGAUCUUGCAUCCGUGCGAGAUCGAACAACAAAUACAGCAAAUCCUCGACGACCAGUCACCGCCUGCCGUAGGCGAGGAAAAGCUGGCUGCACUUACUGCUGGUGAAAGGUCAGUGUGGGCCAGAGCUCGUGCAGAAUAUUUUAGCAAAGGUAUAAAUAAAGCGUCGCUAGAUCUCAUCGAAAAGGCAGCUUUCGUCGUGGCUCUGGAUGACAUUCCGUACGAGUUUGACCAGGCUCAUCCUGAAAAAUUGGAUCAUUACGGUAGAAUCUUGUUACAUGGAAAGGGAUAUGACAGAUGGUUCGACAAAUCCUUCACGCUUUGUAUCGGAUCUAAUGGAAGGAUCGGUUUUAACGCGGAGCAUGCGUGGGCAGAUGCGGCUGUGGUGUCACACUUGUGGGAGUAUGUGGUAUCGGAAGAAGCCAUGAAUAUAGAGGCUGAUGCUCCCGUGAUGGGACACCUUUGGGAAUACUGUGUUGCUACUGAGGCGGAGACUGGAUACACAAAAGACGGGCGGUCCAUUGGCACACCCGAAUUCACGCCUCCGGCUCCAGCGCAUCUUCAAUGGGACAUGACACCCGAAUGUCUGAAGGCUAUCGAGGGUUCUUAUUCGGUUGCUGAAAGGUUGUUGAACGACGUGGACUUACGCAUCUACGUCCACGACGCUUAUGGCAAAGGUUUUAUGAAGAUCUGUCGCGUGUCUCCAGACGCUUACAUACAAAUGGCUCUUCAGCUAGCCUAUUACAGAGACGCAGGCAAAUUUAGUCUGACCUACGAGGCUUCGAUGACCAGACUAUUUCGCGAAGGUAGAACCGAGACUGUUCGGCCCUGUACUAUCGAGUCUGCGGCAUGGGUGAAAGCAAUGGAGGAUAAAUCCUCGCCGGUGGAAGAGAGGUUCAAACUGCUCAUGAAGGCAGCCGCUCGCCACCAGAUAGGUUAUCAGGACGCCAUGUGUGGAAAGGGAAUCGAUCGGCAUCUGUUCUGCUUGUACGUUGUGUCGAAAUACCUGGAGGUUGAUUCUCCGUUCCUGAAGGAAGUCUUGAGUGAGCCCUGGAAGCUGUCGACGUCUCAAACGCCCCACGGACAGACAUCGAGAUUGAAUUUGAAAAAAUAUCCCAACUGCAUAUCCGCUGGUGGUGGGUUUGGCCCUGUCGCUGACGACGGUUACGGUGUAUCGUACAUCAUUGCCGGGGAGGAUAUAAUUUUCUUCCAUAUUUCUAGCAAAAAAAGUUCUCCCGAUACGAACUCCGCAUUGUUUGCCAAUCGGAUAGAGAAGGCCCUCGCCGACAUGAGGGACUUGUUCCUUCAGUACAAAAAGUCGCAGCAACACAAAAACGGUUCGACGUAAAGGUAUCGAGAAAUUUAUAGGAAGUUCCUUUUCUCCGCUGAGUUUACAUCAAAACAUUAGAGUGAUUUUCAAUUGCAACAACAUUCUCCGAGUUGACGUUUAAUCAAUUCCUGUUGAUUGAUGUAAAUAUAGUUUGUUGAUAGGUAUUUCUAUUGAUACAUAGACAAACUUUUUUUUUAGAUAGAAAGAUAAUUAGAAAUCGAGAUAGACUGGAAAAGUAAGGUUUUAUCUUUUCGUCGUCUUUGAGGCGAAACCCUAACCUACAAUUUGUUAAAUGUUAUCCUCGUGGAAUUAUGUCAUUAACGACACUAAAACUUAUUGACUUGAAUAGUGGUAGAGACAUAAAUCGCAAGACUCGUACGUAGCUUCGCACAUACCAUAAAAAAUUAUGUGAUCUGCCGUUUAUUGAAAUAGGCCUCGCUUGAUUUUGAAAAAAAAACAAACAAACAAACAAAUUAACGAAAACCAGACAAAUCAUUGAUAAUAACGAUAAAAUAAUAGAAUAAGUGAAAUUUUAGUUGUAAAUAUAUAAACAUUCAUCAGGUAUUAUAUCGCCACACUUUGUAUUCAUCAUAGUAUUCAUCAUGGUACGCAAUGACCUCUUGUACAAUAUACAACGUAAUCGUUUUGAAAAAAAAAAAUCAAAUUACGGCGGCUCAUGUUGAUUUCAGGCAGGCAAAUAUAUAUAUAUUUAUAUAUGUAUAUAAAAUAUACACUCGUAUAUACAUAUAUAUAUAUAUUUUUUUCUUUUUUUUAAUCUUAGAAAAAUAUUUGAAAACGUACAAUUGUUAUCACAUCAAAAUGAGAUGAUGUCAUUAUUUUUUGUUGUUCCCCCCCUCCAUCUCUUUUAUUAGAAAGUUUUUAUUAUAUCUCAUGUGUACAAAAGAUAUACUAUAAAAGAUUUCUAACGAUCAAUGCAAUUUUGCUUUAGAAAAAGAGUAAUAAAAUAAAAUAAAAAGAACUAGAGGAAAAACAAAUAACCAUACGAUUUACAUCGAUAAACAAGUUUGUAAAAAUGAUUAUUGUAAUUAUUGUAAUCAUAAUAAUUAUUAUUAAUAUUUCUUUUCUUUGCGAUCCAGUCUCAUGCGGUGUGUGGUACGACGUUGAUGAAAGUAGAGCAGUUUUUUCAGUUUUCACGAGAGAUCGAAAAUUGAAAAAGAAAUAAUAAUAAUAAUAAUAAUAAUCAUCAUUAACUUUGACUGCGCAAUUUUAAUUUUUUUUUUCGUUUCUUUCUUGUCAUCGUAAACGCGAAGCAGUAUAAAUAUGAAACGUAACGAUAGAAAAAGAAGAAGAAGAAUGAAAGAGAAGAAAAAAAAAAAUUUCAUACUUCGUAACUUAAGUUCUGUUAGAUUUAAAAUUUAUUGAUGACGAGAUGGUUUUACAUAACGAACACCGAUACACCCCUAUAUAAAUAUAUGUAUACACAAUCGUACGUAUAUUAUAUUGAAUAUUUUUUUUUGUUUAAAUAUCAUAAAUGUAUACCGAACAAGGGAUAUGCCAACUUCACCUCGAAGAUACGACCUUUCACAUGAGAAUAAUGAAUAAAUAAAUGAAUAAAAAAGGCACUUCUUCCUCGCUGGUCAUGUUUUUGAGGUGAGAGCGGCCCCUUUGAAUUGUUAUUGCGAAUCACGAAAAUUUGUGACUGUUGAAAAAAUUUUUUUAUAAGAGAGUCAAUCGAUUAUAACCUACGCGCAACCUAUCAAUGCAAAAAGAAAAUAAUAAUAUUUAAAUUUAUACAUAAUUUUAUACGUGGGAGUUUAUUGUCAAUAAUGUAUUUCUUAAUAGUAUAAUCGAGUGGUAUUUGGUGCUCUUUAAACCAGUUUACGUAUCAUGUGGUGUGGAUUUUCCAUUCUAUACGCUAAAAGUCUGUUUAAGUGAUCGUCAAAUCUUUAUUAAUUUGCUUAUCGUAACUUGUAUAAUAGGUGAAAAAAAAAGAAAGAUUAAUAAUAAUAAUUGAAUUGAUCCAAUGUAAGAAAUACACUACUGAUUUUUGGAAUAAAAUUGAUGUUUAUUUGUUUAA